AUGGGUAAAGAAAAAAUGAAAGAAAUGUUUAAAGUUAGACAAAAUUUGGAAGAAAUUAAAAAACAUUUAAUGGCUGGAUGGGAAGCUGCUGGUUUAAUUGAACCUAGUAAUUUAGCUGAACAAAGAGAAUCAAAUAAAAAUAUUAAUCAAAACAAAGAAGCUAUUGCAGAAUUAAAUAAACCUUUAAAUGAUUUUUUAUAUCAAGGAGAUAUUCUUUUAACUUUUAAUGAAUCAAAAGAAAUUUUAUUAAAUAUUCAAAAUCAAAAUAAAAAAGGGGGAAUUAGUGAAGGAAUAAUUCCUGGACAGUUAACUAUAAUUGUUGGUGGGGAUGAAUUAAUGGUUUUGAAUGAUGAUAAUUUUAAUAAAAAAAGAAAAAGAAGGCAAGCACAAACUGGCAGAAAUUUUCCAAAAAAUCAAUGGGAACCUUCAAAGCCUGUUCCAUAUAUUUUUGAUCCAAAAUUAAGUGAAAAUGCUAGAAAAUUAGUUCGUUUAGCAGCCCAAUUCUGGACUGAAAAUACUUGUUUAUCUUUUGCUGAAAAUGGACAGGGGAAUCCAAAAGUGCGGAUUUUUCCUGGAGGGGGUUGUUACAGGUAGAGUUUUAAUCUCUUCUAUUUCAAAAUUUAUUUUAAAUUUGAAGUCAAGUUGG